AUGGGCGCUGGGGGCGGCGGUGGCUGUCGAGUGCGGGCCCGCGACCAGGAACAGCUCCCCGGGCGGGCGCGCCGGCGUCGGACUUCCGAAGCGGCGGCUUCUGCCUCUGGUGCCGCCGCCGCCGGAGCUGCGGCUGCCGCGGAAUCUGGAGGCGCACCGGAGCGGCCGGGGCGCCCCCCGCGGGAGCCCAGAGCCCCCCGGAGCGCGCAUCCAGCCGCGGCUCCUUCGGCCGGGCACGCCGCGCCCGGGGGCUCCGCGGACCCCGCGUCGCCGCCGCUCCCGAGCUUGUGCGACGCGGGCUGGUCGGCGGGGCGGCGAGGGCCCGGCCCGCCUCCCCAGCGCCCGCCCCGGCUUCUCCCCCUGGCGGUGGAGCCUCAGCGGCCGCCGGCUACACUGAGCGCGCCGGAGCCCGAGCCGAGCCGAGCCCGAGCCGCCGCCGCCGCCGCCACUGCCGCGCGCCGCUCCCAGGCUCCCUCCCAGCGCGCCGGCCGGGGUGUGGGGGGCGGCGGGCCGGAGGGACGAGGGCGGGCGAGAGGCGCGCGCUGGGAUUGGCGCCGAAGACCGGACCCUCAGCCGCUAGGGGACAUUGCACGUGUCUGCUCUUGUAAGACUUUGGCUGCAGAACCCAAGUGUGAACCCUGCUCGGGGUCUGGAGAAGAUCAAAGGGGAGCCUGCAUGUGAGAUCUCUUUGGAAACCCUGAAGCACUCUGUGAAUGAAAAGGCUUAUCCUCGUACAUUAAGGGUGAACAUUCAUGGCCUAACUUUACUCUCUGACAUUCUUUCCCAAAACGUAUAAAUUUAUUCUAAUCAUGAGAAAACAUGAGACCAAAUUGAGGGGCAUUCUACAAAACUUCUUCCUAGUUCCCUUCAAAACUGUAAGAUCGUGAAAGACAAGAAAAGACCAAGAAACAAUCAUAGCUUGGAGAAGGAGACUUGUGUGCUAGAUUCAAUGUGGUAUCAUAGAUUGGCCCCUGGAAAAGAAAGAAAAUUGGUAGAAAAACUGAGGAGAUCCAAAUAAGGUCUGAGUAUUGUACCAAUGUUGAUUUCUUAAUUUCAAUCAUUGUUUCAUUGUUAUGUAAAAUGUUAACAUCAUAUGAAGCUGGAUGAAGGGUAUAUGAGAACUCUAUAUUAUAUGUGCAGCUCUUCUGUAAAUAUACAGUUAUUUCUAAAUAAAACUAAUGAUGGGAAAAA